ACAUUGUAGCAAGGAUGUCUCGCUGCCCGUUUCCAUGCAACGUGCCAUGGCCGCCGAGGCGGAGGCGACUCGUGAUGCUCGUGCCAAGGUUAUCGCAGCCGAGGGUGAAAAGAAGUCGGCAAGUGCCCUGAAAGACGCCUCCGAUAUCAUAUCCUCCAGUCCAUCUGCACUACAGCUGCGUUAUUUGCAAACACUGAGCAGCAUUUCUGCAGAGAAAAACUCUACAAUUGUGUUCCCGCUGCCUAUGGAAUUACUUACGCCAUAUUUGGCCAAAUAUAUGCCCAUGAUGCAACUGCCACCCAAGCCAGAUUUGCCCCCAGAGCAACCAGCUCCAUAUUCUCAAUCCUCCAUGCUAUAAAUAUUUUUA